AUCCCAGGAUCUGGCCAGCAGCCACCGCAGCCGCCGCCGUCACCGUCUGGGGUCUGUGACCGAGGUCGCGGUCACGGGCUGCAGACAUGUCCAGCCCCCGGAGAAGCGUCGACGGCCGCGCAGCGGCCUCGGGAGCGGGUGCGGGAGGUGGCGGCAGCCCCGCUCACGGGAGCCACGGCGGCGGCAGCAUCAGGUUCGAGUUCCAGGCCCUGCUGAGCAACCGCAGCCCCGGCGCCGAGCCGAGCGCAGCGCGGCUCCGGGCCUCCGAGAGCCCGAUGCACCGUCGCGGCUCCUUCCCCUUGGCCCCGGCGGCCGCGCCGCAGCCGCCCCCGCCCCCUCUGCCCGAGGAGGACUGCAUGAAGCUGAACCCUUCCUUCCUGGGCAUUGCUCUGAGCUCCUUGUUGGCCAUUGACUUAUGGGUGUCCAAGAGGAUGGGCGUGUGCGCCAGGGAGAAGUCGUCCUGGGGCAGCGCCAGGCCCCUCAUGAAGCUGCUCGAGAUCUCGGGCCACGGCGUCCUGUGGCUGGCCGGCACCGCUUACUGUCUGUACCAGAGUGACAGCUGGGCCGGCCGAGAGGUCCUAGUCAACCUGCUCUUCGCUCUGCUCUUGGACUUGGUCUUGGUGGCGCUGCUCAAAGGGCUCGUUAGGCGGCGAAGACCCUCGCACAACCAGAUGGACAUGUUUUUCUCGUUCUCGGUGGACAAGUAUUCCUUCCCCUCUGGCCAUGCCACUAGGGCCGCCCUGGUGUCUCGGUUCAUCUUGCACCACUUGGUAUUGGCUAUUCCGCUGAGGGUGUUGAUAGUGCUGUGGGCCUUCAUCUUGGGCCUCUCCAGGGUCAUGCUGGGAAGACACAAUGUCACAGACGUAGCUUUUGGAUUUUUCUUAGGUUACAUACAGUACAGUAUAGUGGACUAUUUUUGGCUGUCUCCCUUCAAUAUCCCUGCUGUUUUUGCUCUGUGGAGUCACAAGUAAAUAAUUUGAUUGUAUAUAGGACCAGAAGAUACGAAGGCUUCCAGGAUAAAAAGGACCAAAGACACACCAGCACCCAUCUUGCUUAGCUCUUGUAGACAUUUUGGACUUCCUUUGGAAUUUUGAAUCUAAAUGGAAAGAUGUAACCCCUGCCAUCUUGAUAGUUGCUAGACUGGAGCAUGUGCCAGCCAUAAGGUGAACACAGCCAUAUUAGGUAAAUAACAUGUUUAUACAGGGAGAAAUAGACAUAUAUAGAUCUUCAUUAACAACUCUGUCAGCAAAACAAUAGCAAAGGAACCAAGCAAUUUUUCUUGCUGUUGACAAAUAAUUUUUUGAAACUUUACAUCAGUGUAUAAUAUAAUUCCACAUAUCACCCAUACAUGGCACUUCUUUUUAAAAGGAGAAGGGGGGAAAAGACGUGUUAACUAGAAUCAUAUUUUGCAUUAUUAACAUGCAUUAAGGUGAACAACUGUAUUGUGGCAUAGUAGAUUACAAACACAAUUUUAAAAAUAUAAAUUCCACUACUUUUAUCUCUAAAAGUCUGGUGCUACCGAUGUGUAGAUUUUUAAAUUUUUAAUUUAUUCACUUUUAAGAACCCACACAUGUUUGUUUUGGUUUUUGGUAGAUUGGGGAGGGGGCACAUUUUGAUCUUUGCUGAUGAAACAAAUUAGGACAUAGAGAUGCAGAACUCUAGUCUUCCCCAUCCUGUUAAAAAAAGAUGAAUAUAAAUCUUUUCCAUUCCUAUCUAGUAUUACUUGUUAGCGUAUGAAAGAGAACCCAAUGGCUGAGAGAAACUCCAAAAAUAGAAUAUACAUUAAUACUCCAAGGACCUGCUAUUUCACCAGAGUUAGUGCACCUUCCACCAAUGCAGAUUGCAAGCCCUCCAUACCUUACUAGAUGGUUUCAUUGACUUGCUGUGGGUGAAAACAAAAAUUUAUCACCUGGUAGCUAGUCCUAUGGUUAUAAACUUCUCCAACUUAGCCAGGAUGGUCCUUGGACCAGAGAUGUCACCAGGCCUUUAUGUGAAGCCUUUCCAGCAUGGAUCUGUCUUGCAGAGCUUGCAUUUCUUUGACAUAACCUUCAAGAACUCAAGGUUUCAUCCACACCAUGGUGAAGUACUGAAAGACUUAAAUGGAGGAGCACACAAUAUAAAUAGAAAAGGAAAAAAAAAGCUUGAGAGGUAUCAAUUAGAAAGGUGUGCGAGUAGGGUUGUCUUUCAGUUAGUUCUAUGACAGUUUGGAAGGAUAUUUAUGGUGACUUGAGUAAUCUCUUUCAAAUAAUAAAUAAUAAAUCUCUUUCAAAAGAGUUCAUUAAAAAGCCCCUUGUUGGGACAGCUAGGUUGCUCAGUGGAUAGAGCACCUGCCCUGGAGUCAGGAGGACCUGAGUUCAAAUACAGCAUCA